AUGGCGAUGAAUAUAAUGCGUGCAGUGAGGCCCUCAAACAUUACAUUCCAAAGUACACGCACCACCCCACGCUUUCGAAAGUCCAUAGCAUUGGCUGGCUUCCGCUUAAAUUCGGACACACACGCCGGCGUCACCCUCUAUGUAUUGUCGAACAGAUCUCAGAAUCUUUUGGACAAGAGCAAGGAUCCAGAGUUUUUGCAACAAGUUCGAGAUGUUUUCGACCUUGACGCAAAGAAGGAGUUCUUUUGGGAACGGUUGGGCAAGUACCAAGUACUGAGGGAGUUUUAA